CGUCACCACUACGUCUAGUGUUGUGUUGUUCCUCAUGUGUGAUAGCGGUAUCAAAGAUCCUGGAAACUACGCUCCUUCUUCCGUCUGUGGUGGUAUUGGGUGGGAUCCGCAGGAGGAACGCAGACCGAGGCGGAUUCAUUGAAGAUGGCAGACGAGGAGGACUCGGGGCCGGAGGCAGAGCCGGCUCCUUUCUCUCCCGCGGAAACCCCUAGUUCCGCCCGGCCUCACUACGUCUCGUUCUCCGAGAGCGUCCAGCCAGCGGUGGGCAUGAUGAGCCAGCUACUCAGCCAACCUUCCUCCCUCAAAUUCGACAAGAACAUCAAACAGGCCUUCUACAACACAGGAGCGUUGAUUUUCGUGGCUAUCUGUUGUGGAGCGGCUGUCCUAGUCUUCUUUAUCCUGGAAGCCUUUCUGAGACCACUGCUCUGGGCCGUUCUCUGCGGGACCUUCCUCCACCCAUUCAAACACUCCCUAGCCCGGCUGGGACGCUCCUGGCUCAACGGCCUGCAGGACACCGGGACGCCGAUACUCCUGGGGACGCUUCUGGUCCCGGUGUGGUGUUUCAACCACGGGGUGGAUUUCCUGGGGGGUCUGGUGCUGGAGAGGCUCACGGUGUUGCUGGUGAUCGGGGCGGGCGCGCCACUCAUCUACUUCUUUUACCUGUUCUGGAGCGUCAUUGGCAUGCAGGUGAUCAUCGGGCACGUGUGCGACGUCAUCGGGAGCGCGCUGGACUGCUUCCACUCUGUGUGGGUGAUGACAGUGGUGUUGGGGUAUGUGCUGGCAGUAGCCUGCAAAUGGAGCCCCGGUACAGAGAGAUACCUGAGAACUAUGUCUGUACCUGUCUGGACCAUACUACUCUUUUACCUGGUGUCUCUGACUGGCUCGUGGAGAGUUCCUGUGUUUGUAAUCGUGGUCACGCUCCUCAUCGUGGGCUCUCAAGAGAAACCACCUGUCCCUGGCAACUCAGGUGAGCUGUCAGGACAGGUGUUGUCGUUCGCUGCUAACACCAUCUACAUGGCCAUCUCCUGCAGUAACCUCCAUCUGGGCCCCGAGAGAGAGACCAGCACCAGCAGUGUCUCCGCAGAUGGGGUGGACUCUGUGGGCCCUGGCCCUUCCGGUCCCCCCUCUGUCUUCCCGUUCACCCGUCAGGCCCGUCCUGAGCUGGGGGGUCUCUUCCAGAAGGAGAAGGGGUCCCAAAGAGCCAGUGAUAUCUACUUUGUCCUGCUGGCCUGGGCUUUUGUACUGGUCCAAGUCUGGCUCAAUCUCUGGAUGCUACAACUGCUGCCUAUCCCAGUGGCUGUGUGGGUGUUGAAGAAGCUGGUGGUACAUUUUGGUCUGAAGCGAUUCGCUGAGAAGACUCUGUCGUCAUGGUGGGUAGGACUGGAGAAGUUUGGCCAUGAGCGACAGGACGCCAUCAUGCCUGGACCAAUCAAAGGACUCGUUCAGUUCCUGCUACGGGUUGACACCAAGAUGGUCAUAUGGUUGGAGCGCUCCCUGGAUAAACUCAUCAGUAUCUUCAUCAUCUUCCUGCUGGUGACAGGAACUCUACUCAUGGUUCUCCUGCUCACUGCUAUGGUUCAUCAUGAGAGUGUUCAUAUCAUAGAGGUCACCAGUAACCUUAUCAACGAGACUGUGUCCAGCCAUCCAGAAUGGGCCAAUUGGCUCCCUGAGGCCCAGGUCAUCCAGAAAGCUAUGAACUCAGCUGCCACUAACGUCCACCAGCACGGUCGAGAAUGGAUAACAUUCAAGCUCCAUAAGAUGCUUGGUGAAAAGGGUAACCACACAGCUGUCAUAGAGAAGCAGGUUCUGGAACUGUGGGACAGACUGUACCAUUCCUGGUUUGUCAAGAAUGUAACCCAGACAGGAGGGCGUAACCGUAGUGGUGGUCAGAAGCUUGUCCAGAGACAGAACAGCUGGCUGGGAGAGAUCUUAGACUGGCAGGACAUCGCCUCCUUCGCUCAGGAGAACAUAGAAACACUGCUCUCUAUAGUGGAGUCUCUGUGGGUGGUGAUGAGUCGGAACGUUGGGCUGCUGAUCUCCACAACGACCACUCUCCUCACUGUCCUCUUCCACAGCGGCACAGCUCUCCUCAACUUCGCCCUCAGCCUGGUAAUACACACAGCUCUCCUCAACUUCGCCCUCAGCCUGGUGAUAUUCCUGACCACGUUGUUCUAUCUGCUGAGUUCCAGUGGAGAGUACUACGAGCCUGUCAAAUGGGUGAUCAGCCUCACUCCUCUGUCCCAGCCCGGACCAUCCUCUAACAUCAUAGGACAGUCUGUAGAGGAGGCCAUCAGAGGGGUGUUUGAUGCCUCUCUGAAGAUGGCAGGGUUCUAUGGUCUCUACACCUGGCUGACACACACCAUCUUUGGCAUCCACAUCGUCUUCAUCCCCUCUGCCCUGGCAGCUAUCCUGGGUGCGGUGCCAUUCCUGGGGACGUACUGGGCAGCACUGCCCGCUGUGUGUGACCUGUGGCUGGCCCAGGGAGAGGGGGUCAAAGCCUUGCUACUGCUACUCUUCCAUCUGCUGCCCACCUACUUCGUAGACACAGCCAUCUACUCCGAUAUAUCAGGUGGUGGUCACCCGUAUCUGACUGGUCUAGCAGUGGCAGGAGGAGCAUACUAUCUGGGUCUGGAGGGGGCGAUCAUCGGUCCUAUCCUGCUCUGUAUCCUGGUGGUAGCCUCCAACAUCUACAGUGCCAUGCUGAUGAGUCCCAACUCUGCCCAGCCCACCCCUGUACAGUCUACCUGGCCACUACAUCCUGCCAGGUCCUUCAUGGACACCACUCCCUCGGUGCUGAAGAGGGUGAGCGAGUGAGAGGUGGAGUGUCUCCUGGUUUCUCAUUGACUGGGUGCCUGUUCCUUGGCUUCUUAUAGGCUGAUUACCUGGGAGAAGCACCCGUUCCUCCCUCGUGCUCCUCCCGAGCUCUAUGAGGUCUCCCAGGCGGAGUGGCAGGGUGUGAGGGGAGGUUACCCACGAUGCCAUCAGCCUGAUAAAGCUACUUUUCAAACCAUAGAGGAGAGACCCUCCCCUCCCCCAACACAUAUGAAACCAUAGAAAAGAUUUACAUUAGAAAUCAAAUCAAUGGUCCACAAUAUUUAAUAUUGGAUGUUUGACACCAUAUUUAAUAUUGAAUGUUUGACACCAUAUUUAAUAUUGAAUGUCUGACACCAUAUUUAAUAUUGAAUGUUUGACACCAUAUUUAAUAUUGGAUGUUUGACACCAUAUUUAAUAUUGAAUGUUUAAUUGAUGCUCAUCACAUCUUGCUGAAUGCGGUGCCUCUUUCAGUGUUCAACACAUUCAGCGAUGGUAAAGUUUAUUGUGCCGCAAUAAGGGAUGGGAUAUGUGGAUUUUAGAACAUGGGUCUAUUCUACCCAUUCUAUGUACACGUAUAAGACCCCCCAGUACCAAAUCUACAGACCUGCCUAAAGUGGGAUGUAUCCCCCCCCCCCCCAAUCCUUUCUGCCCCCUCUACCUGGCACUUUUGUGAAGGUUAAAGUUCAGAAUGGGUCGCACGUUGUAAGCUGCAACGGAGCAAUGAACUAACCCUGGUCCCGGAGAGCUACUGGAUGGGCAGGGUUUAGUUCCAGCCCAGCAUUAAGACAUCUGAUUCAAGUAAUGAAGGAUUUAAUAAGGGAACUAGAACCUGUACACCCGGGUGCCCUCCAGAUGCCACCAAAAUUAACAUUUAGCGCUUUUGGUUUUUAUCAUCUUUACUGUUAUCAUUAAUAUAAUACUGUUUUAUUAUCUCUAUGGUUACAUGUUGUAUGAUGCAUUGUCAUGCUUGGGAGUUCUGUUGGCGUGGCGAUGAGUACUGUAUGCAGGCACUUCCUGUGCUGAGAGGUGGAACUUCCUGUGUUGAUGUUUUUACAUUUAAAAACAGAUUAGUUUUCAGCUCAAGUUUAUGUUUUGCUCUCUAACGCACACACGCACACGCACACGCACACACACACACACACACACACACACACACACACACACACACACACACACACACACAGGUUGAUGUCAGUGCUGCUGUAAGGUGAAUGUAGUCUGAAGGCGCUGUAGUUGUUACAUAUCACGGUAAUAAGGUAGUGGGUCCUGGCCUGUACUAACUACAUCCUACUAUAAUCUAUCACAUACAUACCCCGGAUUACACACACAAGUAUACACACACACACACAUUCACUCCACGCUAAUGGGAGAAGGAUGAACUUUCACAUUAUAAAUGUAACCGUUUACACCAACUGAACGAUGUACAGGUAUGUAUUCUGAUUGAGUACUCUGUAUGUGAAGCACGACAUCAUCUUAUGUGGCCGAAGCGUUAGCUGUCUGAGGUUGGGAGGACUGGUUAUUUAUCCUGAGAAGGUUGGAGUCCUACUGUUGGCUCACUUCCCUCACCCUGACGUCACCUGACUCUGGAACAUACCGUUGCUGUGUUUUCUACUGGAAAUGCACUGAGACAAUAAACAGGACUGUUUCAACUAA